AUGUAUAAUAAUCGAUAUCCAUCAAAUCAACCACAAAACACCCAAAGAAACAGUUAUACCCCAUAUGGUCAAACUUUUCAACCAGUCCCUCAAGCACAGCAGACUCCUGCUGUGCUUCAUGCUGGUCUACCGACUCAUGGUGCUGCUGCUUCACAAUUCAAUGCUUUCACUCCAAAUUAUGGUUCCAGAUUUAGCAAUGAGCUACGUGCUGCCAGUUAUGGUACUCACAUAAGCCCUCAUCAGUCACAGAUACAGCAAACUACACAACAGCAACAUUUAUCAUGGCAGAAUAAAAACAAUUGGAGUGCUGAUCUUGGUACAUCUGGUGGUACAAAUUCCCAGGCAAGUCACGGAGGUAAUAUGUUGACGAGUAGUUUGUACGGAACUGGUGGUGCUAGCGGAAGUAAUGCAAAUUCUGGUUUAUACGGUGGUCAUAAUCAACAACCUUCAAUGGCUUCUUUAUCAGCAUUUCAUACUUCUCCAACCCCUGCUCCUCAGCAACCUCACAAUACCACUCAUAACAAUAGCAUGCUUUCUCUCCCAAAUCCAAAUUCUUCUUCAUCUGUCGCAUCUUCAUUGAUGCGUCAACAAACCUUAUAUCCAAUGGACACUAGUAAUAAUAUUGGUUUAGGAAAUAUGUCUUCGAUCGCUGGCAUGGGUGGUUCUUUAGGUGUUGGUAGUUUUUCAAGGCAUACAAUGACUUCUAAUGAUGCUACUAAUUUGGGUCAUUUUGCUGUGGUAGAUGAUCCUCAAGCUGAUCUUGAUACAGAUUCUCUAAUGGAUAAUCAGAUAGUAACAACCACUACAUUGGCUUCAAAUGCAACAUCCACUCAACCUUCAAUAUCUCCAACCAAUCAACAAAAUUAUGUGAAUAGUGGCAUCAAUCGUUAUCCUCAAACUCAAGCUCAGCAACAGCAUCAACAAACUCGACAACCACAAAAUCGUUAUUAUACUCCAAAUUCUUCGCCUAGUACUUCUAUUAAUAGUAUCACUAAUUCGGCUGCUGCUCAUUCAACCGUUUCUCCUUCCGUGAACGGUUCAAUCACUCCUAAACGUCAUUUCAUUUCUCCAAAUGUUGUCAGUAAUAUAAGUACCGGUUAUUCAUCUCAGCAAACUACCUCCUCUAAUGUUCAGCAACCUCAACAACAAUUUCAACAUCAACAACUUCAACAGCAACAAUUACAGCAAAGUCAGGGUCAUCAACAAGCGAGCCGGAGUCCUUAUCAUACUUCUCCUAAUAUUACCGCUCAACAGCAGCAAUCAUUACAUAAUAGGUCUUCUAUUAGUCAAAAUCAAUCUUCUAUUAAAUCUUCUCCACUAAUAACGAAACCUGCAAAUCAAAAAACUAUGGUACAAUCUGGUGUAUCUGCUCAACAAGUUUUGCCUCCUCAACAGUUGCAUUCGCAACAACAAUCUCAAAUUCAACAACAAUCUCAAUUGCAUCAACAAUCGCAGCAAUUGCAUCAACAAUCGCAAUUACAUCAACAGCAUUCUCAAUUACAACAUAAACAACAGCAGCAGCAACAACAACAAUUGCAACAUCCACAACCGUUGCAUCAUCAACAGUCACAACAAUCUCAACCACAACAAUCUCAACAGUUGCAUCAACAGCAUUCUCAAUCGAUGCAGCAGCAACAGCAGCAGCAUCAUUCUCAACAGCAACAACAAUCUUCUUCGUCGCAAUCUUCUGAUCCUCCUCAGAUGCAACCUUCUCAAAAUAAAUCUACUCCAAAACAAAUGGUGCGUACUAAUAUGAUUGCUGGUGGUAAUGCUCCAUCACAACAACAACAACCUUCAAGUUUUCCUCAGACUAAUGUUGCUGCUCAGGCAAAACCUUCAAAGAAUGCUCCUGCGAAUACUACUCCUACUCCUGUACCAAAGGCAAAUACUUUACCUGCUCAAGAUGUAAAAAAUCCAGAUGUUUCUUCUGGUAUUUCUUCUACAAAAGAUCAAAAACCAAAAAGACCUAUGAAUGCGUUCAUCAUUUUCUCUAGUGAACGUCGACCGGAAUUACAAAAGAAUGAUCCUAAUAUGCAAACUGCUCAAGUUAGCAAAAUUUUAGGUGAAGAAUGGCAAAACAUGGAUAGCGCUCGAAAAGAUCACUAUAAUGAAAGAGCUCGGCAAUUAAAAGAGGAAUUUAAACAAUCAAAUCCUGAUUUUGUAUAUACACGUCGUGGGACUACUGCUGCUUCAAAAAAGAGGGGGUCAACUUCAUCUGCAACUCCAUCUGUUAAAUCGCCUACAGAUACAAUAGCUGUUCCACCUCAGGCUACUAAUGUGCCAAUAUCUAAUGGUUCAGUUAACGGAGUAACCCAACAUAAUUCAAAUAAUGUAUAUUCUUCUCCACAUCAACAUACACCUACGCCUUCCUCAACCCCUACUCAACAACCAAGAAGUACUCCGGCUACUGCAACUUCACAGACUCAAUCCACUACACAGCAACCUCAGCUACGGACUCCUCAAACUAUUGGAACUACUUCAACUACACCCAUCUCAUCUGCUAGAAGAGAUCGUAAAUUGAGGAGACCUAUGAAUGCAUUUCUAAUAUUUAAUAAAGAAAUGCGACCAAAAGUUUUAGAAAUGAAUCCUAAUAUGAGUGUUGCGGAGAUUUCAAAAACAAUCGGAGAGAAUUGGCGUAAUAUGUCUGAG